AUGACCACUUACAUCAUAAGAAGGUUGCUCCUCUUCAUUCCGACGAUUCUCAUCGUCACCAUCAUCAUCUUCCUGCUGAUGUGGAUCGUUCCGGGCGACACCGCCAUGCUCAUCCUGACCGGGAAUGACCCCAACGAAGGAGGCCGGGUCAAUCUCGCCGAUGUUGAACGUCUCCGAGAGGAACUAGGACUAAAUCAACCUGUUCACGUCCAAUAUGGCGAUUGGAUCUGGAACAUGGUGCGAGGGGACUUGGGCGAAUCUCUCUGGUACCAGACACCCGUGGUUGAUGAACUGGGCGACCGGUUUCUCACCACGAUACAACUUGCGGUGAUGGGCAUAUUGAUGGCCUUUGUGGUGGCAGUUCCAUUGGGCAUAUUGUCUGCGGUAAAGCAAGACACCCUGCCGGACUAUAUGAGCAGGAUCUUCGCCCUCCUGGGGAUUGCCAUGCCGACUUUCUUGAUAGCCAUCAUACAAAUGGUGUUCCCGGCCCUUGCCAUAGCGUUGCAUGACUUGGCUUUUACCGCUAGGGUCACCCGCUCAUCGAUGCUGGAGGUGAUGCGCGACGAUUACGUGCGAACGGCUCGCGCCAAGGGGCUCACUGAGUUAAUGGUAAUUGCCCGCCACGCUCUCAAGAACGCGCUGCUGCCUAUCAUCACGGUUUCGGGCUACCAGUUCGGUCGCCUGUUGGGCCGCGUAAUCAUCGUGGAGGUCAUUUUCCUGGUUCCGGGCGUAGGGACGAUGUUGAUUGACGCGAUCCACCACCGCGAUUUUGUCGUGAUCCAGGCUGUGGUGGUGCUCGUGGCGGCGGUGGUCAUGUUCCUGAACCUGGUCAUCGACAUCGUUUACGGAGUGCUUGACCCGCGGAUCCGCUAUCAAUAG